ACGUUCCUGAUGUUGGUAAUCCAGACAUUAAUUCCUUCACCCAUGAAAAGCAAGCCGUGAACCAUGCAUGAGUCCGCUACUCGAAUUAAGAUUGCGUCAACCCUUCCCUUUCUCCACUCGAAGAAGCUGCGCUCGAACCACCGCCCUGCGCGCAGCAUCCUGUCUUCCGCGGUCCUCGUGCCGCAUCGGACAGGUUCACUCUCCCUCGGCCUGUGCUGUCUGAUUCGCUGGCCCCAGCACCACCGCCAGAAAGCUGCAACGACUUCGUUUGCACUGCAUUCUUCCUUCUGUGAAAACACAGCAACAAGACGUUGCUGAAAGACAUGCUGUGUGCGGCUAUCCCUCACCUGAGGUCAACAAGUUUGGCCGCAGCCGACAAGAAGGCAUUGUCGACGUUGGACGCAGUCUGUCAUGUUAUUGCAUUUGCCAAGAAGUGUGCAACGUUGUACGUUGUCGUUGAAUGAUUGGAAAACUUCGCCCACCUUGGCAGAUGUAUUCACGAAGAUCGCGCCGAUGCGGUCCGCACACGCCUGCAGAACAGGGGAUAACGACGUUAUACUUGUCACAGAGCUGCGUAAUCCUACCGGUGUGUGGAACUUCCUAACCUUUGCUUCUUCCUCAGACACUUGGAUCUGGUCCUUCAAGUCAUACUUGUUGCCAACGAGGAGUUUCACCUGGGCAGAAGACGCAUCGAUGUCUUGUGUUUGCAAAUCAGACGAGACAGCACAUGAAAAGGAAUCGAGUACCGUUGACGGGCCGCAGUCGUGAUGCUCCUGAAUCUGCAAUACAGCUCCCCAUUUGAUCGUGUGCCCACCAUUUUCCUCCCCAAUAGGCCUGCCCGAAGUACCUGGUUCAGCCAUUGGUCCACGUGGUCAAAGGAUUCUCUGCUGGUGGCAUCGUAGACGAGAACAAAGCCAUCUGCGUUGCGGUAGUAAUUGCCUGUGACGACGCUGAACCUUUCUUGGCCUGCAGUGUCCCACUGCGAAGACAACCAAAUCCGACAGUCCAAUCAACCAGCGCAGCUGCCUACCAGCUGCAGCUUGACGAGUUUGCCCUUGAUCAUGGUGACGACUGUCUUGAAGUCGACGCCAAUCGUUGACACGUGGAAGUCCGAAUACACGUCCUAGGGGAAGGGGUGAUGAGCAGGAUGGCGAAGAACAAGCGUGACAAGCCUGUGCCCACGGCCUUUCUCAGAAUGCGUAUGACCUGGACAAAACGGGUGAGAAGACAGCUCUUCCCAACGCCAGAGUCCCCCACUGUCACGAGUUUGAACUUGAAAUCACCGUCACCCUAAAGAAACAAAAGGUUGGUGCGAAGAAGAGCACUUUCACUUUCAUCAUCGUGUUUGAACAUACCGCGCCGUCUCGAAUCUGCAAACAAUCGACAGAAAAAAGGGAAGGGGCGGUGACCUACUUGUAGGAAAUGCUGGAAAUCGCGUCUGUACCUGGAGUACAUUGAGAAAGAACAGUUUCCUCGAGAUUCGCUGUCCUGGACCACCUCCGUCGUCGCCUGCAGCAGCUCACGUCAGACAGAGGUUGGCGGCACUUCUCUUCCGAACCUAGUGCAUCUCCUUUCUGUUUUGUAGCCUCAGUCUUUUCCCUCGAUCCACCGAAGACGAUGAGCUUGUCAUGCAACACUGUACUGCAGUGGGACUUCACAUUGAUUUGCCCUGAAAAGUGGACAACCAUCACUUAUCAGGUGGUUACUAGUGGCGACGCCUGGCGACUGACCUUCGUACAAUGGUCUGCUCCAUUUGCUUUUCGCAGAAUCGUAUAUGUACAAAUCAGAAACUUCCGCUAUCGUCUUGAAUAUGUACCAUGCAAUAGAGGAAUGGAGGGGGAUGGGGGCCCUUUGUGACGACUAUGAUUCUUACUUGGCCCGCAAAUAUGAAGACUCUGUCGCCUAUUAAGUCCAUUGAAUGGAAGGACCUCGACAAGGGGGCCGUGUUUGCAACUUCUACUCGACUCCUGAGGGUAUUGGUCACCGAGUUUUUUCUCGAGUUUCUGCUCACGAUGACUCGCUGCUCUGCUUUCUUCUAAGCUGCUUGCCCUUACCAAACGUACUCGCCCUGCGUCGCCAGAUCCAGAGAGAACAAGGCACCGUCGUCCUCAGCUCCUCUGCGUGGUGACCACACAAACACAACACUGUCUGUAUGAUCGUGGUUUGUCCAUUUCCAUUGCUCUCUACCCGAACAGCAGAAGUUUGUCUUGGAAGCAGACGGUUUUGUGACCGUACCUAACACGAAGUAGGCAAUCUCGCAACGAGAGAAGAGCCAUGCGCUUGGGUAUACCGCGCCGAGGGGACUUCCCCAGUUUGGCUUGGUUGCUGCCAUGCUGACUUCCCGAGGUCCAGUAUCCAAAGCUCAUUUGAUGCCUGGUAAAAGCAAAACGGCCGUUGAAGCAAGCAGCACCCUGACACCUUCUCACCUGGGUAAGGUUGGCGUCCGUGGCACCUCCGAAAACGACUAGCUGGUUCUUGAAGACUGCAACACAUGCAACGGCUACUGGUGUACUUGAUUGAAAACGGUCCAAAAAGUCGCCGCACCUGAGGCGGAGUGAAAGGCUCUUGCUGGCGGCAUUGGUCCAGUGAUCUCCGGCUGCGUCCACACGAGGGUGCUUGUUUGCAGCAGGAACAGAUCGCUGACAGUUCAUACAUGGGCCAUCCACAUGGACAGUAAGUGGAGAAACGAAAUGAGCCCGCUCUACCUGGAUGGUGACCCCUGAUGGGCCCAUGGGCGAAGGCGCGUUGAAGCCGAGCCAGCAGUCGGAGCCAUAAACGGUGGAGGAGGGAAGCUCUUCUGCAGUUGCUCGUCUAGCAUUAUCUCUGAGUCCUUCAUUCAAACAAGACACACAGCCCACUCUUUACAGCUUAAGAGACCGACUGGCGCAGCGAGUGGUGCAUACCUCUUCUGCGAGCCCUCCAAAAAGAACCAGGGACUGAGUAUCGGGGUGAGCUUGCAGAGAGUGGCCAUAGCGUGGCGUCGGCUUGCUGAAGCCUCCAACAUUCAGCUCCUUCCAUGAUGCCUUCUCUGUGAGGCCACUCACACCCACAAAGAGCAAGUACGCAGCCCUCUUGCUGGACAGUCUGCGCUCACCGAUCUCCAUCACAUGCAAAUCACCAUAGGCGGCCUUCUCAUCGGCGCCUCCGUGAAGGUAGAGGCGUGUCCCCACGGUCACAAUCUUGUGCAAAUACAAAACAUGCCACAAGUGCAGUGCAGACGAGUUUGGCCCGCCUUUCUGCAUCGCUGUACCUGGCUGGCAACCCUAGCAGUCGGAAUAUCUCCAUGCUGGCGAAGGUCACAGACGGAGAGGACCAGGUUUCUGACGUUCUGGGUCUCGUCCGCCAUCUCGCUGGGUCGCUGUUGUCACAGGGCGAGAUGCGCCUGCUGACGCCACUGAGCAAACACGAUCACCUGCAAACGGAAACAGGAGGGUUGUGCCAUACGCUUCUUGCCCGCUCCUUCCCUCACCUUUUCACUUGCUCAUCCGCUACUUGCUUCAUCAGCCG